UAUAUAUUUAGAUUUUCAGUGUAAUUUUGCAUAAGAACAUAAGAACUCCUCAUAUUCGUUCACCGUUAUUCCCCGUAGGGCUCGUUAUCUCUCCAAAGGAGACCAACAUACACACGCAACGUCAUUAUUGACCGAUUUAUUUCUCAUCUUAUCGCCCGAUUUAAUCUUACUGAUGGUUGACGAUUGCAAACUUAUCGUGGCUGUGUUUGACACAGAUAACGCUCGGAUUUGCACAUUGCUAAAGGUGGACUAAUACUUGGCGCGGAGUUUAAUGUCUGCGUUCGCAUUCACCGUUGAUCGUUAGUAUGUCAUUGACGUAAUCGAUUCUCUCUUCGCCAAGACACGUCGGCUAUACGGAGAGAAUAAAAGACAUAGCUUCUUCCACAUGCAUUCUUUAUAACUAAGAAAGAGAUUUCUCUCUCCCUCUCUCCGUGUACUGAAUAUAUUACAACAAUUUUAUCAUAUAUAUCGAAUUUUUUAUAAGUUAAAUUAAAAUAUACGUAAUACGUUAAACCUACCUACUGGUAUUGGAAUUUCAUUAACGUUAUAUAAACACGUCCGCUCACUCGCGUAUAAAGUGUACGCGCGAUAGCAAGAAUCGGCGGCUCGUCGACUCGGCUCGGCGGGAGGCAACCGCGGCAGAUAAUUUCUCGCGACUUGUGCCACCCGGUAUACGCGAUAACAAAAUAUAUAAAGUACGCCGAGUGUGUCUUUUCGCGGGCAGACGUGGAAAUCCGUGCUGGCGACAUUCCCCACGGCCUCCGGGAGAGCCGUGCCUCCGCGGACGCACCAAUCGUGGCGAUCCUUUCACUAUCGGAAUUCGAAGCUCGUGCUAAAAAGGCUGAUUACCUGUAUCCUAUUCCCUUUCGAGUGGCUGCAACGGUCGAGGGCCGCCCGCGAGAUCGACCGACCGACCACGUCUCCCUCGUCGAAGGCCUACCUGUUCCCCUCGUCGCGGAAGAUCGGGCGGAACGGAGUGGAAGAAAUCGAGUGAUCUUUUUUACGCAAGAAUCGACACUGCGAACUUUCCUUCACGCGCGAAUUUCGUUUUCGCGCGCCGUCACGAAAGCAGCAGGCGGCAGGUGGUGAACUUAGCCGCGAAUAACCGUCGCAGUUCGUGAGAGAUCGAGACGCUGCUAUCAUCGGGUUGAUAAGGAGCGGCAACAUGUUAACGUGUUACAUUACCGCGCUGCAAUACGAGUGGAUCGAGAGUCGCAGGCGACUGCAUUUCGCCGCGUCGCACUCGCAGUUCAAGAACAACGUCAACGUCGAGGGCGCGACUCACAAGCAAGUGGUGGACCUCAUCAAGUCGGGCGGCGACGUCCUCACCUUGACCGUCAUCUCCGUGACGCCGCAGGAGGCGGAAAGGUUGGAGCCCUGCGAUGACAUGAGCUAUGCUUCAGUGGACUACAGCGAGAAGCGGUCCCUGCCCAUCAGCGUGCCGGAUUAUCACGUCCGCGAGAGGAAACACGAGCGUUACGUCGUCUUCAACGUCCACAUGGCCGGCAGGCACUUGUGUUCGCGCCGGUACCGGGAAUUCGCGGCGCUGCAUAUGGCGCUGAAGAAGGAGUUCAUAGGCUUCAAUUUCCCGAAGCUACCGGGGAAAUGGCCGUUCCAACUGAGCGAGCAACAGCUGGAUGCGAGGAGACGCGGCCUGGAGCAAUACCUGGAGAAGGUCUGCGCGGUGCGCGUGAUAGCGGAGAGCGACGCUAUGCAGGAAUUCCUGACGGACAGACUGGAAGAGGACGGGGAUCAAGGACCGGCGGUGGAUCUCAAGGUCCUCCUGCCGGACCGCGAGGUCGUUACCGUCACGGUCCUCAAGGCGGCGUCGGUGAAGGACGUCUACGACGCGGUCUGCUGCCGGGUCGGCUUGGACUCGGAGACGGCCAAGUACUUCUAUCUCUUCGAAAUCGUGGAGUACAAUUUCGAGCGGAAGUUACAGCCGCACGAGCACCCGCAUACUCUGUACAUUCAGAAUUACUCGACCGCCAGCGCGACCUGCUUGGCGAUACGGAGGUGGCUCUUCAAUGUAAAUAGGCCUCUGAGUGAGCAGGCGUUAACUUGGAUAUUCUGGCAGACGGUCGACGAAGUUAAUAGAGGUCACAUUACGGCGGGUGAGAGAUUGUACCAGUUGAAGGCUCUUCAGGACGCUUCUAGGAAGCACGAGUAUUUAAAGUUGGCGAGGGAGCUCAGCGGAUACGGCGACAUUGUAUUCCCGCAUUGCACGUGCGACUCGCGAAAAGAGGGCCAUGUGGUGGCGGCGGUAGGCAUGUCGGCGUUCAAACUGCACGCCGCGAAGGAGGACGGCACGUUGGAGUCGCAGGUAGUGGAGUUCCAAUGGAACACCAUCACCCGGUGGGAAGUGGACGAGGAUGGGAUGGCAUUCUGUUUCCAAUACACGCGCCAAGAAAAUCGUCCGCCGCGUUGGCUCAAAGUCUUCACUCCUUACUAUACGUUCCUCUCGGAUUGCUUCGAUCGAAUAGCCGAAGAAGCGAAAUGGGACGAUCCUGGGGAAUGACGUAAUGUGCGACGCUAAGUGACAUCCGGUGUGCGACGUUGUUGAGGAUGUUGUUCCGAACGAAUAUCCCCGCAUUCGUCUCCUUAGUCGAAAUUUUUUACUAGGUUUAGUCUUUAGACCGACACAAACACACACACACACACACACACACACGAACGCGCGCGCGCGCGCAACACGACAUGAGAGAGUCAGCGUAGUAAUACUUUUAGCAUAUCAGAUUUUCUAUCUGUGUUGGCUUUGCGGAACGUUCCCUUGAGAACACGUUAGCAACGUUACACCGGUAGCGAGCGAGUUUGAAAACAUAUUGCCGUCGGAGCUUAGUGAGGCGGCCGGAAGAACAAACGACAGUGUGAAAAAGACGAAAGGUGUAUCGAUGAACGUGACAUGAAUGUGCCCGCGAAAUGCGAAUUAGCGAUUCGAAAGAGAGGGAGAGAGAAGAUGUGAUGUAAAUUUAGACAGAAUUUAUCAUAUGCCAUGCUCGUCCAUGACCUGCUGAGAUCUGGUGUGGCUUGGUGUUUGACCGAGCGUAUAAAGAAAUAAAUUUCAUCUUUAUGCAUGAGAGAGAAAGAGAGGGUAGAGAGGGAGGGAAGGAGGGAGGAAGAGAGAAUACAGUUUUGACACUGCUUCAUUUCGUCGACGAAACGCACGCCACUUCUCCGUUUCUCGACGAGGCACGAAAAUCGCGAGCGCAUGCGGCUCGAAGAGACACAAGAGAAUUAAAUAAGUGUGUAGGUAUACGCGGGCUAUUAUUAUUAUUAUUAUUAUUAUCAUUAUCAUUAUUAUCAUUAUUAACAUUAUUAUUAUUAUGGUGAUACGGUCGUCCGUCUAUAGAAACCACCUAUCCUUUGGCCUAUAAGUUCUACAUAGCGUAUAAUUCCGUCAUCAGAGCGAAAGAAUCGAUAGAAUUGUUACGUAAAACGUUCCUCCUCGUUCGCCUAAUAGACCUUAAAUUUUCCUGCGUUUCGCAUCCGCAUGAGGUGGUAUACUGAUCAAGCGAGGUAAAUCGCGAGGCGAUUUGCGAUGCGCCCCCUAUGAACUCUUUAAUACGUAAUAUUUUACGAACGUAGGCGCGAGUUUAUCGAUUCAUUACGCAGGGUACUUUGAUGCGAGAGAGAUCUCGCCAUUGCGUGUUUAUGAGGGAGUCUGCGUGUGCGCGGAACUUCGAAGGGUACUCAAUAGCAACGGCGCGUUCGAUUUGUCGCUUCGCGGUAAGCGCCAUUUGUGUGCCUUGGAAUUCAACUCUUUGAAAUGGAAUCGGUGUUUAUUGUCACUGAAAAUUAGCAGAGUCACUUAUAAGUGUAGCAUUACAAUCGGUAGGAUUUCGCUGGAAGGAUUUAGUUAAUAAUACGUGAAGAAGACACAGGUUGAGAAUUUAUAUGAAAAGAAGAAGAAAGAUAUAAUAUUCUCUCCGUGUACAAUGUAUAAUGUUACGUCAGAAUUCUCCGUUAAUACUUCAAAGUGAAAUUUGCAGGAUUAAUAUACAAGGAGAAGGAAGAUUAAUUCAAUUAAUAUAACAGACGAACUAAACUCAUUUUGGUCGGAGGGAACGGAAUUUCUUCGAAUCGAAUUUGAUUCACAAGAACUAGAAAUUCUCUUUUCUUCAAAUUAAAAUGUAUUUGGUUUGUUUACUGUCACGUUAAUUCAAUCAAUUCAAUCUUUCUCCGUAUAACUAGUGAAAUCGUAUUUUAUUUACGGAAGGAACCAAUUGAGGAUGUUUUUCUGGAAAUCAAUGAUUAUUUUUUGAUAUCGACGAAAUAUGUUUUAUUAAUUUAAAAAAGUUGUAAAAGAUGAAGUGAGUUUAAUGAGAAUUCGAUGAAACUUGCACUUUGUAUAUAUUGAAAUAUUAUUUAACUGUUCGUGCAAUUAGAAAAAGAUUAA